AUGGUUGUUGACUCAUGGUACUACUAUGUUGGAACAUACAGGCGUACAUGGUCUGACAAGGCUGCCACGUCUGCGUUGACACCUAAUCCUUCAAUCAAUCAAUCGAAGUCCGAAUACUAUCUCUCUUCUUUUCUUCAAAGCUUAGAUCAAAAUCAGAUUGGUCCAAGUCAACCCGCUACCAGAAUCGGAUUUUGCGGUGAACCAGAGGAAGGGUUGGCCACGUUGACCAAUGGGAGUAGGCCUCGUGUCCAUGCAGAGGUCGGUGGUACGGAAUGGUUUGAACUACUUAAGGUGACGACGGGGCACCCGGGUGGCACUUGUGAUUACUGGUGGACGGCAGUGGCGCUUCCUCCAAAGUGGUGGGGGAAUUAA